AACCCUAUUAGAAUUCUUAAAUUCGCCCUAGAAAUUUCUUCAGAUGCUUCAUUAACUGACUGGGGAGCUCACUGUCAAGGAUCUAGUAGCCAAGGUUUCUGGAAUCGACAUGAGAAACAUUAUAGUAUCAAUUACCUUGAAUUACUAGCGGCUUUCUUUGCACUUAAAUGUUUUGCUCCUUCAUUGUAUAACUGCGAAAUUCUGCUAAGAAUGGAUAAUACAUCUGCAAUAUCUUACAUAAAUAGAACAGGAGGUGUUCAAUUUCCUCACCUUAGUGAGUUAGCCAAAAAGAUCUGGCAGUGGUGCAAAAGCCGAAAAAUUUGGAUCUUUGCAUCGUAUAUUCCCUCAAAACAAAACGUGGAGGCGGAUGCGGCUUCUAGAGUAACUAAUAUAGAUACUGAGUGGGAAUUAGCUCCUGAAGCUUUUAAAAAAUUAAAUAAAGAAUGGGGUCCAUUUACAAUAGACCUAUUUGCUUCUAGAUCGAACAGAAAAUGUAAGCGUUUUUACUCUAGAUAUCCGCAACCGGAUGCAGAGGUGGUAGAUGCUUUUACAGUUACAUGGAAAAACGAAAAACUCUAUGCGUUUCCACCUUUCGCUCUCAUCGCGAGAACACUACAAAAAAUAGUUGCAGAUAAGGCUGAGGGCACAGUGGUCGUUCUUUUCUGGCCAGCUCAGCCUUGACGAUGGUCACACCCGCUGGCGUCAAAACUUUCAUUGGUGGUAGGGAACUUAUCCGGAUGGCGUUCCUGAAGAAAGGAAUCAAUGAAGACUCAGUGGAUAUUAUGAUUAACUCCAUAACAGUUUCGACACUCAAACAAUAUCAAGCUCAUCUAAAAUUAUGGUGGGACUUUGCAUCGGUAAACAGCAUUAAUAUGUUUCAAGCAGAUACGCCCGCGAUUAUAAGUUUUUUAACAAAAAGAUUCAAAGAAGGCGCUAGCUAUGGUACACUAAAUUCAACAAGAUCGGCUAUCUCUCUUAUCUCCUUACGUGAUAUCUCUAGUGAUGUUCUAAUAUCACGGUUUUUUAAAGGGAUUUUCAAACAAAAACCUACAAAACCCAAGUACUCUAGCAUCUGGGACACUGCACCGGUACUUAACUAUUUAGAAAAUAUUAAUCCUUUGAACCAAUUUAAGGCCAAAGAAGUAGCAGAAAAGACUGCGACACUUUUAGCAUUAGCUACCGCACAUAGACUUCAAACAUUAGCUUUAAUAAAGACAGAUAAUAUUUUGAUUUCAAGUACUGGUAUUACUAUUAAAAUACCAGACUUGAUAAAAACUUCAAAACUAAGUAAUUUUCAACCUGAAUUAAUUCUUCCGUUUUUUAGAGAGAAACCAAGUCUCUGUGCAGCCUCAGUUGUUAUAGAAUAUUUAGAUUACACUAAAGACCUAAGAUCGAAUAAUAAUAAGAGAUUAUUGAUUUCUACCGUGAAGCCGCAUGGUGACGCAACAGCGCAAACAAUUGCACAUUGAAUCAAGUCUCUACUCAAUAAGUCAGGCAUAAAUACAGAUCAGUUUUCCGCAUAUAGUACUAGACAUGCUGCAGUUUCAGCAGCCCACCGAAAAGGCGUCGAUAUAGAUACAAUUAGACGUACAGCAGGAUGGUCCGUCCAUGUCACAAACCUUUGCAAGGUUUUACAAUAAACCGAUCCAAUUAUCUGAUAAAAACUUUGCGCACUCCAUACUUAAGGAAUAAAAAAUUAUUUUGCUCAGGCGGUUUCUUCUUUAAAAAAAAAACAAAAAAAAAACAUGCUUUUGUGGCGGUCCAACGAAC